AGAGCAUGCUUCUUCACCCAUAGCAAUGGCUGUAGAUGGAAAUGUGAAACCGAGACCAAACCCCAAGAUACUUCGCCUGAGUUCGAGUACCAUGCUGAAGAACGAGGUGGAAUCCUGGGGCAAACCUCGUAUGCCUUUGAGACCUCCCCUCUACGUGCCACCAGAUCUGGCAAGAGGGCAAUUGGAGGGCCCCAGCGAGAGAAAAGGAUCUUGCAUUCCUUCCAACAUUUCAAGAGCUCUCAAACACCCAUAUGGGUCACGACCUGCUGCUGAGAAAGGGUCCCUAGCAACAGCAAAAAUAAAUGGUCCUGUGGGGUUGGCAGGCUGCAGCCAGAUGGGACAAGAUUCUAUUACUAUGUCCCAAAAAUCCCCUGGCUGCUCUCCCUCACUGAUGAUAGAGGGAACCAGAGUCAGCAAUGAGGGCACUGAGAAUGGUGUCAAUAAGGCAAAGCUCCAGUUGCCUUUGCAACAAGGUCAAGGGUUCUUUCCACCCAGGGCCCCAUUAAUAAGAGAUCCCCCACCUAACCCCGCUAUUAGAACAGGGAUAAUGAUGGAGGUGCCUCCAGGAAAUACGAAAAUGGCUGGCAAUGAAAGGAUGGCUCAAGUUGCUUUCCCAAUGGGAGGUCCAUGGAACCCCAUGGACAAUUGGCCAAGGCCCAUCACAGCGCCUCCUAAUGUUUCACAUUUAGGUUGGUUCCCUAAUGGUCCUUGCUUCAUAGGACCUGUACCUCCGAAUUUCCACCCAUUUCUCAAUUUACCUAUGCCUUUUCCUCCUCACGCAAUGUGCCGUCCCCCAGUGUUUUCCUAUUUUGGCCAUUUCCCUCCUACUGGAAUGCAACCUCAUCCAUACUUAAACAGAGAGAACAGAUCAUAAAAAAGAAAGGGGAAAGUAAAAAAGUGUAGGUGAAAGAGGUGUAAGCUAUUAAUUUAUGUUUUUGCAUUUGAAACCAUCUACCUUCUUACUCUCUGUUAAGCAAUAAUGUACCUUACAUAUGUGGAUAUUCAAUAAAGAU